ACGGGGCGGUCCAGUGCAUCGCCGGCCCGCCGCUGCCGCCGGCGAGUCGGAGGCGCGUCACGCAGCCAUGGGCUGCGGCCAGAGUGCAGAGGCGGCCGCCGCCUACUCGAACCGCGGAUCCAUCGCCACACUGAAGCCGCUACCACAGCAGCACGAUGUCGGGAACAGCGGAUCGGGAAGUGACGGUCCUGAGCCGGCAAACGGAACAGAGCCGGUGGUGGACAAAGCCACGCUGGAGGAGUACCUCCAAGUGGAGAAGGAACUGGGCGAGGCCCGCCGGGCCGACCCUCAGGUGCUCUCCCAGCUGGAGAUGAAGAAGGAGGCGCUGCAGAAGAUGACGCAGAAGGUGGAGCAGCUGGAGCGCCACUACGCCGACCUGGAGGCCUUGGCGGAAAAGGAGAAAGCUGACGUCGAUCAGUUGGAAAGACCGGACGUCAAAAAAUUCCUUAUUGAACAAGGAAAGCUAGAUGCACGAAUGAGUAAGGAGCAGGAAGAAUAUUUGGAGGCGUUGCAGAAAAAGGAGAUAGCCAAACAGGAACGUGACGAGGCCAUCCGACAAAAGGAGAACAUACAGCGCGAGGUGGAGCAGCUGCAAAACAAGGCAUCCCGGCUGCAGAACCUGCUCACCAAACAGGAUGCCCUUCUAGGUAAAAUAUUUGGUGGCGAAUAUGGUAGUGAGCUGGAGAAUAAACUGGAGCAGGAGCUGGACGCCCUGGAGGCCCACAAGGCCCGAAUCAUGGAGGCAAACUACAAGUGGCGUCAGGCCCAGAUGAUGAUGGAGUUCGCCUGUCGACAACUGGCCGUGGCCGUUCAGAAGUGGCAGGAUCUGCCCGAAGUGCCUCAAACGAGUCUGGAGGUGCGAUACACCAUGGCUGCGGAGGCCAGAAAUAAUUUGGUAGCGGCGUCUCAGAACAUUGAGGGCGCCCACCGCACUCUCAGCCAUGUCGAGUUCCCCUACUGCAAUCCAGACGAAGUGGAGACACUCAACAAGGCGACGUCGUACGUGUUCACGGACAUGCAGUCGGAGGAACGGCACGCGCACGCCGGACAGUGCUACGACAUCACGCACAAGAGGGCGGCCGCGCUGCUGCAGUGGUUCGAUCAGGUUCUGAAUACGACCAUUAUGGAGGACCUGGCCAAAGUGAACCUGAUGGUGAAGGAGACGUCCCAAAAGUUACGGCAAGAGAGGGUACGACUCAUCAAACUGAAGGCUCAGGAGGUGUGGGGCGCCGACGUGGACAUCGAGAUCGACAGUGGCGUCAGUGCCGACGAUGAGGACCUGAACGCCAUGCUGAUGGAGGGAGUCAGCGACUCAGAGGUGGCCAAAACGGACGAGACGGCGUCACCUGACCAGCUCUGUUCGGCCCAGCAGGGCGACAGUCCCAGAGCCAAGACUCCGCCGCCUCUGACGGCUGAGGAGAUGGCCCCGCUGCCCACGUCCGAGGCCAUCUUCGGCAAGUCCUACGAGCAGCUGCAGGAGGACCUGGAGCAGAUGCGGACUGAGCUGGAGUCGGACAUGAACUACUUCCAGCAGGAGCAGGACAGACAGGCGGAGAGGGCCAGAGGAGACCUUCAGGCGAAGCUGAACGCUCGCCGCAGGAACCGAGCCAUGCGGAGCCUGGAGGAGAAGCAGCGUCAGGAACUGGCAGAAGGCGCCGUCCUCAGCUGAGCGCAGCAGCACGAGUAGAAAUUAUGACGUCAUUUGACCAGUAGGCGAUCGACAGUAACGCAAUACGAUCAGGAACUGUUUGGGGAUGUCACGAGUCCCAAGCGCUUGUAGCCAAUUGUGGCCGUUUGGAAUGUUUUAUUUUUACAUCUCGUAGGGCUUUGGGUUUUCUUGGAAGCUAACACAUUCUAAAACGAAGGUAUACCUAUUGCUGCCGUAAUGCUUGAAAUACUGAGUUAUUAACAGCCAGCGGCUCAUAGCAAUCGCAACGUUUUGACAUUGCAUGUCCUGCUGAUACUCGAACGACGCAUUGAAUGAGCCACUGACGGCAUCAUUAGGCUAUGAUAUAUUAGCUGUUUAAUUAACUAACUCUUCUGUUCACUUGCAAAGUGAACCUAGCCAUUAUAAUUGGACUGUGCCCGAUCCCAUCAAAUGUAUUUGUGUGUUGUCAUUUUGUCAUCUCUAUGCAAUCAUGGUGAGGAAACCACGCACCCGUUUAAAACAAAGCACCUCACCGAACGAAAGUGCCUUUUACUAGCGUGCCCGCACAUUGAACACGUGCCCAGCACUUUCUGAAGAAAAAUGUCUCAUUGACUGCAAUCGCCAGCUAAACUCGUCAGGGCCUGUGAUAUAUUGGUGUGCGUGCGUACUCGCGCGCUAGGCGUGUGCCGCUGUCAUGUCCGUCCGCUUUUAGCCAUGCUGCACCGGUGCCUUUGACCUGCCAAACGCGCCUCUCGGACUCUCGCUGACGGCAGGUGACCCGCGAACGAAUAGCUGUGGUGACGUGUUGGUGUUCGUGCUGCACUGUGCUCCUGCCGGGACGCCGUGUGCUCCUGUCGGAACGUCGCGUGCUCCCUGCCGAGACGCCGUGUGCUCCCCACUCCCCGCGUGAAGUCCUUAUAUCUAUUUUUGGAGUGUUCGUGUAGGUUCGGCGGGCUGAGUAGGAUGCCUGGCGGUUAGGGCUGAGUUCUGUGAAGGCCGGUGAUGGCUUGCUCAGCUGGCCUGGGUAGGCUCUACUCGGGCCUGGGAGCCCAAACGCUGGAUCAGCCAUCGGUGGCAUUGGACGGUGGACAGUGGUCACUUAUCCUCGGCCGCCCACCGCGCCUCUGCGGUCAGUUAGAAUCAGUCAGUCGGUCAGUCAGAAUUGCCGAUAGAAGCGCCGUCCGAUCGCUUCUCCGUACGUUCGCUCGUGGUGGUACUGUCCUGUUCGCCCCAGUAUUAUAAUACAGUAUGAACAGGCUCUGGA